AUGAUGAUAUUUUGUUUUUUGUUUUUUUGGAAUACCUCACCCAAAGAAGAUUAUGACGAGGACCUUCAAGAGGAACCUAUUGAUUGGGAUGAAACUCCUUUAUAUGAUGUAAUUAUACUCGGAAGUGGUCCUGCAGGAAGCACAGCAGCAAUUUAUACUGCACAGGCUGGCUUUUCAACAUUAGUAAUACAUGGCGAACUACCUGGUGGGCAGCUUUCUAAAACAACAGAAGUAAUUAACUUUCCAACAUUCAAAGGAACAGGACCUGAACUUGUUAAAGCUAUUGAAAUGCAAGCAACAGAAUAUGGCGCAGAAUACAGAUUUGAUACAAUUGUCAAGACAGACUUAAAAUCAUUCCCUCGAAGACUUACAACUGCAAAUGGCGAAGGAUUAAGGUGUAGAAGCCUUAUCAUCGCUACAGGUGGCAGAGCAAGAAUGCUAGGACUAGAAUCAGAGCAUAGAUUAAUGGGCCGAGGUAUAUGUACUUGUGCUCAUUGUGAUGGCCACCUUUUUAAAGGUAAAAGUGUUGUAGUUGUCGGUGGUGGAAUGGCUUCAAUUCAUGAGGCGCUCUAUUUAAGCAAGAUUUGCUCCAAUGUAACACUUGUUUCGCAAUCAUCAAAAUUAAGAACAAUAACUAAUAUGGAUGAAACACCUUCAAGUAACGGAAUCAAAGUAAUAACGAACACAGUUGUCAAAAACAUUACAGGAACAUAUGGCGUCUCGGGAGUGACUCUUUUUGAUAAAAUUAAUAAUAGAAUGUAUAACAUCUGCUGUAGCGGUGUGUUCAUAUCAAUAGGACAAAUACCAGAAACAUCUAUAUUCAGAGACGUACUUCCUGUAAAUAAAAAUGGCUAUUUCAUUACUGAUGGAACGCCAAAAACAAAAAUACCGGGUGUUUUUGUCGCUGGAGAUUGUACAAGCCAGGAAAUAAAGCAAGCUGUGACUGCUGCAGGCGAUGGAUGCAAAGCUGGAAUAUAUGCUGCAAAAUAUCUUCAAACCUUAUGA